AUGUUUGCUUUGCUCUUCAUCAUUUUCACCAUUGGCUUGACGCCUCUUGCUUUAUCUUUGCCUAUCCCUGUAUCUCAGAGAGAUUCUACCCCCAAAUAUGUCGUCACUCAUUUCAUGGUUGGGAACGCUUUCCCAUACACCCUCGAUGACUGGUUAAAUGACAUCAAGCUGGCCUCAGCCAAUCACAUCGAUGCUUUCGUUCUCAACAUUGGCAGUGACUCCUGGCAACCCGCCCGCGUGAAUGAUGCCUACACUGCUGCGCAGCAAUCUGGAACAGGCUUCAAGAUGUUAAUUUCUUUCGACAUGACUGCCAUGCCUUGUGCCUCCUCCGCUGACGCUGAUGCCCUUCGGCAAUACGUUACCAAAUACAGCAACCAUCCCGCUCAGCUCAUGUAUAAUGGAAAGGCCCUAUUCUCCACCUUUAGUGGCAACACAUGUCUGUUUGGUACCGGCAGCACAAGCGAUGGGUGGAGUACCGUCUUCAACGGGGCCAAUGUUGCUUUUGUUCCGUCGUUCUUCACAGAUCCGUCCCAAUUUGGCUCCAUUGGCGGCAUUCUCGACGGCAUGGUUAACUGGAACAGCGGAUGGCCUAUUGAUCUCAAAGCCAGUGACCUUCCUUCCAACCUCGCCCAUGCUACCGAUGUUCCCUCAACAGAUCUGCCGCAGCCGAUCGAUUCCAUGACCAGUGAUGAUCAGUACCUUGUCGGACUGGGCCUCCCUCCCACCACCCAAGAUCCUGCCCAGAAUGGAAAAAUUUACAUGCCUGCUGUGUCUCCUUGGUUCUACACUCAUUAUGGCGCAAACUCGUACAACAAAAAUUGGAUUUACCUCUCUGAUGAUCAUUUGUAUGCCAAGCGAUGGGAAAACCUGGUCACGAAACGAGACCACAUCCCCAUUGUACAAAUCAUCUCCUGGAAUGGCUCGUCUCUCUCGCUGUCGUACCCUGGCUCGUACUUACAGUUGCAUUUAGAUUUUGGCGAAUCACACUACAUUGGUCCAAUUGAAGGUGCCCAGCCCAACUCGGAAGCUUGGGUGGAUGGUUUUGACCAUCAAGCGUGGCUGACCUUAACACGCUAUUACGCCCAAGCCUUUAAGACUGGCGCGUACCCGACGCCUCUCGACGAUAAGGUUGUUAUAUGGGCCCGACCCCACUCCAAGCUCGCCACUUCUUCGGACCCUGUUGGGAAGCCUAGGGACUGGGAGUUGGUGUCGGAUUCUCUCUGGGCCUGGGUCCUCUUGAAGGAUCCAGCCACUGUUGUUCUCUCCACCUCUCCCUGCAAUUCGCGGACCUUUAAUAUGGCAGCUGGACUGAACAAAGUUUCCAUCCCUCUUGCCCCCGGCGGGCCAUUAUCUGCGGAAGUAACCCGUAACGGUCAGCAGGUCCUGAGCGUUCAGAGCCAGAAUUAUACAUAUCAAGAAACCAAUGUACCGACUUAUAAUUUCAACGCAUUCGUUGUCGAGUCGAAUCCUGGCGUUCCGGCGUUCUAA